AUGGCGCGCCCCAAAAAGCCUAGCAUGCUUGAUCUGGGCCUGGGCACCUGGAGCCCUGGCACCCAGGAGGAGAGUCGCAAGGCUCCGGCACCUUCCAGGGGCCAGCAGCUGCCCGAGUACAAGGCGGUGGUGGUGGGCGCGAGUGGGGUGGGCAAGAGUGCACUGACCAUCCAGCUGAACCACCAGUGCUUUGUGGAAGACCACGACCCCACGAUCCAGGAUUCCUACUGGAAGGAGGUGACCCUGGACCACGGCGGCUACAUUCUGAAUGUGCUGGAUACAGCCGGGCAGCCCACUCACAAGGCCCUGCGUGACCAGUGCCUGGCUGUUGGGGAUGGUGUGUUGGGUGUCUUCGCCCUGGAUGACCCGUCAUCUCUAACCCAGCUGCAGCAGAUGCGGGCCACCUGGGGCCCUCACUAUACCCGGCCCCUGGUCCUCGUGGGCAACAAGUGCGACCUUGUGACCACCGCUGGAGAUGCUCAUGCUGCGGCCGUAGCUCUGGCCAAGAGCUGGGGGGCCCCCUUCGUGGAGACCUCAGCCAAAACGCGGCAAGGCGUAGAGGAGGCCUUCGCCCUGCUCAUCCACGAGAUCCAGAAGGUUCAGGAGGCCGUGGCAAAGGAGGCUGAGACUAAGUCCCGCCAGCAGAAGACCACGUGCCACUGCGGCUGCUCUGUGGCCUGA